CUAUCUUUUCUCCAUUCCAUCCUUCUUACCGAACGGAAGAUUACGGUCUGAAGUACCCAAUAAUUGAGAUAGCAAAUGUUACCCAGAAGCUCAUCAACCUCAGUCCUUCAAACCAUCUUCUUAGAUAGCCCCAUCAGAGACUUCGAUCCCACAGACUCUCCUCCAUUCACGGUGUCCACCACCACCACCUCAGUUUGAGCUCAUUCUCCAGCACCUCAUCACCAAUCUCUCACUUCCCUUCUGGGUUCUCCAAACUCGGUCCAAAAAACCGGUAGUAUUCGCCAGAAAGCCUUUCUUAGAGUUCAAUCGGAUAGCAACUUUACAAAGACUAGCUCCAACUUCUCUUGAUUUUGAAGAAUUCUAUAAACAACACAAAUCAAUGUUGCAUACAGAACCAUCUUUUUCAAUUUAUAAUUCGCAAGAUGGGUUUGAAGGGAAUGAGAAAGAAGAGUUGGUGGAGAGUGAUGGUUAUUUGAAAAGGUCUGUUACAAUUGGAGACAGCAUAGAAGCUAUAGGUAGUGGUGAAUUUAGUUUUGGGACGAAGGGUAUGGGCUUGAUUCAGGAGGAUGAUAAUGAAGAAAAAGAAGAGGAAGAGACUUUGAAUGCAGUUGGCGGUGGUGGUGAUUUAAGUCCAGCGAGUUUCGAUGAGAGUGGCAAUCUUGAGGAGUACUAUGAGAGGAUGGUUAGGAAAGAUCCAUCCAACCCUUUGUUUCUGAGAAAUUAUGCUCAGAUUUGUUUGUCCAAGGGAGAUCUUAUAGGAGCCGAGGAAUGCUACUUUCGAGCUACAUUAGCAGAUCCUCAAGAUGGUGAAAUUUUGAUGCAAUAUGCGAAAUUGGUGUGGGAGUUCCAUCAUGACCAAAAUAAGGCUUUGAGUUACUUUGAACGUGCAACUCAAGCUGCUCCUAAAGACAGCAUUGUACUUGCAGCAUAUGCUAGUUUCCUCUGGAACAUAGAGGAUGAAGAGGAGGAAGAUUGUGCACAGAAUGAUCACACUUGGAAUAAAGGGGAUGAAGGUCAGGUUGAACUGCAGAAACCUUUCGAAGUAGAAAAAGCACCUGCUAACCCACCUUUACAUCUUGCCAUGGGCCUUGGAAUUGAGGUGCCUGGCAUAGAUACCAUAAAUUAUGCUGCAACAAGCACCGGUGGCAUUGGUGAUGUUGAGGAGUAUUAUAAGAGGAUGGUGAAUGAAAAUCCUUGCAACCCUCUAUUUCUGAGAAUCUAUGCUCAAUUCCUUCUUCAGUCCGCAGGAGACCUUCAAGGAGCUGAGAAAUUUUUCUCACAUGCUAUACUAAUUGAUCCUGGACAUGGCGAAACAAUUGCAGAAUACGCUAAAUUGGUGUGGCAACUUCACCAUGACCGAGAUAGAGCCGUGUCUUACUUUGAGCAAGCAGUGCAAGCUACUCCAGGGGAUAGCCAUGUUCUUGCAGCAUAUGCUAAAUUUCUCUGGGAUACAAAUGAAGAUAAUGAUGAAGAGGCAAGUAGUUCACAGCAUGAUGAUAUUCAGGUGCCACUUUUCAUGGAGUAAUGACUUCUGCAAAUGUUUGACUCUUACAUAAAAUUGACAGAUCAAUACUCAGAUCACCAUCUACACAUAAAGUGCCCGAUGCUCUGAAGAUAAUCGGUGUUAUACUUUCUCAAAUGGUACCACAAUAAAAAGUCUAGAACAAAAAAAAUAACUGCUUGUAUGCAACGAUGGGAGCAGAGAUGUUUCUUUUAUUAUAUGUAUUAUGUUUCUAAGUUGAACUAAAUGAGAUGACAUUCAUGCAAUAAAAUUUACAUUCAUCGAUGUUCUUGUCAAAAUGAAGAAUGAUAGCAGGGUGGAAAACCUGUCAAUGAUUGUUUGAACUUUGAAGAAGCUGCCGUACUCUGAUGUUAUGAUUAAACUACAGUUGA